AAGAGUUCCCACUGAUAAUAAUAAUAAGCAAGGACAAGUCAACAUGUCGUUUUCAGAAGAAGAAGAAAGCCCAGAUUGGUAUAUUGAGAAAGGAUGGCAUUUCGAUCAGAACAAUGAUUUUGUUGACAAGGAGGGACGCUUUUUUGAUUUUGAAUCGCAGCAAGAACACUAUGAAUAUGUCCAACUGAUGAUUAGGAGACAUAUCUUCGACGAACUUCAACGGAGAUUUGAUUUUUAUCCGAUUUAUGUUCCUGCAACCUUAGACUUGAAGCUUCCAGCUAAAACAGUAGUUAGACGUGGCCCCCGCUGCCCACAAGUCUAUGCAACAAAAGACUAUCGUUCAAAUCCAAAGCUCAUGGUCAUUGUUCAAGGGUUAGGAGAAGUGCCUCCGGGACAAUGGGCCCGAAAACUGUUUACGAACGGAAAACGGGGGCAAUGGGGACUAGCAACCCAGUUUCCGUACAUCGAAAGGGCUCUAGCAGAAAAAUGGGCUAUUAUCCUAUGUGAUCCAAACCAUGACGAAGGGAAACCAAAGAACCGUAAAACACGUGCUUUGCAUGUCCAACGCGUCUGGGAAGAUUUAAUCCGUGCAGGCACAACUGCUACGCUGGAUCUGUAUGAGGCCAUAAAGCUAGAAUUCAACCAGCGUGUGCAAGCUAUUGCUUUUUUAGAUGGGGAAGUUAGUAGAGCUGAUCCAAGUACUCCUGAAGGAGAAUGGUUUGCAAAACACUCGCGAUCAUUCCGAAAGCAAUCACUUGACGUGGCUUCUACGAAUGAGGAAACUGUUGCCACUUCUGACCACGACUCUGUGCCUGGAAUUGCGGUGAAGCAAGUGUUUAGAUUCUUAAAAGCAAAAGUCGACCAAUUUGAUGACAUCCCUUCGCGUGCAGAGGUCAAUGCACUCAAUGCUGGUCCAUCCUCAGCCGUUAUAUCAACAUUGUCAUCCUCGCCACAGCUAUCGGAGCCCAAUCCAGAGCCAUCCGACUAUGGCACUAAAGAUCCCUCUUCUUAAAAAAAAAAAAAAAAAAAAAAAAAAAAAUAGCGCAGUAUAUAAUAUACUUUUUGUUCUGAAAAGCCUCAUGAUAGUUAUAAAUUAACCAAGCCAAUGCGCCAUAAUUAAAAGUAAAAUAAUAAGGGUGGAC